AUGUUUAUUCCCAGCAAGCCUGCCAAAUAUGGCAUUAAAGUUCAAAUUUUGACAGACGCAACGACUCAUUAUAUGGUCAAUGCAGAAAUAUAUUGCGGUACUGAAAUAGAAACAGCUGAACCCAAAUCGAAGCUAUCAAAUCCUACAAGAGUUGUUUUACGACUAGCACAGUAUGUUGAAGGGACUAAAAGAAAUAUAACUGGCGACAACCGGUAUAGCUCAGUUGAACUUGAGGUUCUCAAAGAAAAAAAAACAUAUGUGGGAACUUUGAAGAGAAAUAAAAGAGGCAUACCUCUUGAAUUUUUACCUCAUAGGAAUAGACAAGUUGAUUUUUCAAUUUUUGGAUUUUCUGCAUCUAAUACCAUAGUCUCUCACGUCCCGAAAAAAGGCAAAGGUGUCAGUUUACUUUCCAGCAUGCACCCUAGUUCUUCAAUAAACCAAGAUACGCUGAAGCCAGAAAUAAUUCACUUUUAUAAUGAGACAACAUCAGGAGUAGCCGCCCUAUUUGCAAAGUGUGCGAAAUAUUCCACGUCUAGAAGAACAAAUCGGUGGCCAGUAGCGAUUUUUCAUCCAUCUUAA